UGAAGAGUGGGACUCCGGGGGCGCCGCGGGGUUCUGCGCUGCCUGGCGCUCCCCAGGCCGUUACCCGAGUCUCGCUCCCGCGGGCAGCGCCUCUCAGGCCACCCCCGAGAGCUCAUCGGACCGCAGCGCGGCCGUUCAAACUGGCGAGUGUGCGCCUCUCGGGGUUCCCGGAUUCCAGGGCUACUUGGGCGCAGAGCCGUGAAAGAGUCUCAGUCCCCAGGCGCCCAGCUUUCGAGUGACCGCCCUCCUACGCCCGUCGGCCUGAGCCACCGUUUCUCCUGCUGGGCUCCCCAGCCCUAGCCUGCAGCCGCCCUCGCCCCGGUCCAUCCUUCCAGGAUCUGACUGCGCCGCGUAUAAGCCUCUGAAGUGCUCGGGCUCCCAGGCGGAGUCCUGACCGCAAACCCAAAAGUAGCUGAGACUGCUGCUCUGCUCCAGUAAUUCAAGUGACUCAAGGAUGACCGCAUAGAACUGGAAAAUUAUUUGUUUAUGGAUGUGAUCUUCGUGGUGGGAAGCUCAGUUUUUAAACUACCCCAAUGGAUGCAGACAGUGAUGUUGCAUUGGACAUUCUAAUUACAAAUGUAGUCUGUGUUUUUAGAACAAGAUGCCAUUUGAACUUAAGGAAGAUUGCUUUGGAGGGAGCAAAUGUAAUUUAUAAGCGUGAUGUUGGAAAAGUAUUAAUGAAGCUUAGAAAACCUAGAAUCACAGCUACAAUUUGGUCCUCAGGAAAAAUUAUUUGCACUGGAGCAACAAGUGAAGAAGAAGCAAAAUUUGGUGCCAGACGUUUAGCCCGCAGUCUGCAGAAACUAGGUUUUCAGGUAAUAUUUACAGAUUUUAAGGUCGUUAACGUUUUGGCGGUGUGUAAUAUGCCAUUUGAAAUCCGUUUGCCAGAAUUCACAAAGAACAAUAGACCUCAUGCCAGUUAUGAACCUGAACUUCAUCCUGCUGUGUGCUAUCGGAUAAAAUCUCUAAGAGCUACGUUACAGAUUUUUUCAACGGGAAGUAUCACAGUAACAGGGCCCAACGUAAAGGCUGUUGCUACCGCUGUGGAACAGAUUUACCCGUUUGUGUUUGAAAGCAGGAAAGAAAUUUUAUAAUUCAUCGCUUAAUUGGUUAGAAUCCCUAACUGAGCACCUUUUAAAACCUGCUGCACAUUGGACUCAAAACAAAAGGAAAACUGGACCAACAGUAAUUGAGGAAAUAGACUCUUUUAUUCAUUCACGGCUACAGUGUAAGCUCCAGGCCCUUUGGAUUUUAUUUCAGACCUUGCUGUAAUAUAAAAAGGAAGUUUACAAGACAUGACGUUGCUGCUUUUACAAAAGGACAUUCUAUUUAUUUUCGCAGUAAUUCUCAUGUCCCCGUAAGCAGAGCUGUCACAGUGUGCACUACCUUAAAUCGUUCUGUUGUUGUCAUUGGUUUUUUCCAGUUUGAGCUAAUGUGUUUUAUUUGUGAAUAGUCUUUUACAUUUUUGUAUGCUGAAUAUGGGCACCAAAGAACCUGUAAAAGUUAUCUUUUUCAAUUGAAUGUGCACAAAUAAAAGUUUGGAAAAGA